CUAUCUUCAUUGGGAUGAUCCAGAUGAUGCAUAUUUUUCGCCUACUGAAACAAAGCUUGCAGCC